AUGCCUUUAUCAAACCACUUUCACAACACUCCAGUUCUUUCACACUUUUUGGUAAACGUUGGCUUGUUGAAUCUUCGUUUGUUUUUGAUUGGAAGAUUGUCAGCAAUAGCCAAAAGACGUGAGAAAACUCCAGCCACAGUUGAAGAUUUAGGAGUGAUUAUGGGUGGUGAAAGACAAGCUCAAUUGAGUAAGGAGCAAAUUGAUCAAAUUAAUAAUCCGAACAGUUUAGUGAAUAGAACUUUGAGAAUUCACAGAAAUGAUAUUGAAAAUAGUUUGCCAUUUGUGAGUGCUGCUGGUGUGAUGGUCUUGUUGUGCUUGGUUCAGGAUGCAUCUGAUGAGAAAACUCAAUGGAUUGCGAAUAGUUUAAUGUAUUCCUAUUCCAUUGCUAGAUUCGUGUAUGUCUAUGCUUAUUGGAAUGGUAAACAACCUCAUAGAUCAAUUUCUUGGAUCUUGGGUUUCUUGACAACUGCUGGAAUUUUGGGAUUUUCUUACAAAUUAUUGUAA